CCCCCCGCUCUUGUUGUGGCAGUGGCAAAGGCAAAGGACACAGGGGAGGGGGUGAAGGGUCGGAAGGGUGAGAGGUUUCAAAACAAAUUGAAAUUCGCUCGUACAGUAACGUCUGGUUUCCUUUAAGAAAAUUCGCCGUCCGUCCCUCAUCCUUUACCAGAAAUGAAUUCAAGUAACAUAAUCACCACAACUCUGAUUAAACAGGCAUCUUGCAUUCAGACCUUGUCUUCGGUAUGCAUUAAACGCCAAUGUCUCUUGCCUUCUUCUGAUGCUGCUUUAUACGGCAAACGCUUUGUUUCAAGUAACAACGACAGUGGUUCAGGUCCUUCUUUCCAAGACUCUACUAAUGUGAACCGAAGAGUCAAUUCAAGUCCCGGAAGUGAUGCUAAACGUUUGAAAAGUGAGAGUGAAAAUGAGCUUCCAGAAGAGCCUACAGAUUGUUGUAUGUCAGGUUGUGCUAAUUGUGUUUGGAUUCAAUAUGCCGAAGAACUGAAAAACAAGUUCUUCUCGAGUGAUGAAGAGCUUCGCACCAUAAUUAUGGACAAAAUCUCUGAUCCUAGUAUGAAAAUGUUUCUCUCGCUUGAAUUAGAUAAUUUAUCUGAUGAAAGUAAGUGGAGGCCUGAUGAUAAGGUUAAAAAGGAAUAACUGACUCAGAGAUCACCUUGUAGUUCAUUUAAAUGUAAUGUGUGAUAUUUAUUAAUCUUUCUCUUCAUCGUAAGGGCCUUCUUUUUUAGAAAUAUUGACUGCUUUUGUUGUGAUGUAUUUAAUUUCCUAAGAAAGUAUUGUAAUUAUUGGAACUUGCUGAAACUUUUGAAUCUGUGAAAGUUAAUAUGAAAAUAUCAGUUCCUUGUGGAUAUUGAGUUAAAGCUUGUUUUGUUUGGUGUAAUCACAUUAAGAAACUAUGUUUUUAAUUAGGUUCGUAACUAGUUUACUUAAUAGUUAGGGUGAUACUUGUGUUUGUAAGUCACUAUUCAGGAUCCAUUUUUGUCUUCUCUUCCUCUGAUGUGUGUUAAAAGAUGUCUUAAGCCUUAUUAUUUUGUAGAUGUUAAGUGAGAAGACUGAACAUUUUGAUGAUAUGGUGGACACGCUGUGAGCAAUCCCAUAUGUUAUCUUGUGAAAAAUAUAUUUAUUUUUGUAAACAGAAUAACUAUACACAAUUGUAAAAUAUAUAUAAUGAGAUGGUGCAGCUCUGGAAUGUA